ACUUCUUUUAAUUUACUCUCCAGCAAUAGGCAAUGCUUUUGCAGUUCUGAGCAACCCUGAAAAACGAUUACGAUAUGAUGAAUUCGGAAGUGACCAAGAGCAUGUCAGCACUGGCCCAGCCAGGCACUAUAAUUACUACACAGAAUUUGAAGCAGACAUCACACCAGAAGAAAUAUUCAACGUGUUUUUUGGUGGGCACUUCCCUACAGGAAAUAUCCAUAUGUUCUCAAAUGUAGCCAGAGAUGCGCACUAUUACCCACGGAGGCACCGAAAUGAAAGAGCGUGGACGCAGGAGCAAGAAGAGGAAGAAAACAGGCCACAGAAUUCAUAUUCUGCAUUUAUACAGUUGAUGCCAGUUUUCAUAAUAAUAAUAGUGUCAGUUAUAACUCAGCUGAUGGCCACAAACCCACCUUACAGCCUGUUCUACAAAUCGUCCAUAGGCCAUGUUAUUAGUAGAGAAACAGAGAACUUGCAGGUGCCUUACUAUGUUGAUAAAAACUUUGAAAAGAAUUAUCAAGGAGCAGAACUUCAAGAGCUAGAGAAAACUGUUGAAAAAGAUUACAUAGAUUAUAUUCAGACCAGCUGCUGGAAGGAGAAACAGCAAAAGUCUGAUUUGUCAAAUUUGGCCAAGCUUUACAGAGAUGAGCGGUUAAAACAGAAAGCAGAAUCACUGAAACUUGAGCACUGUGAGAAGCUCUCCAGUCUGAUUGGAAUGCACAAAGGGGGCUGACCAGGACACACACAUUCUGUAGUUUUAUUUAUUGCUGGUUUAACUUAUGUUUUUAUUUUCCUUUGUAUAAAAAGGGAAGGAGCCUAUUGUAAAGAGUCUGAAUAUUUAAGGCCUUCUGCAUAGAGUGCAGAGAUGGGCCAACACAAGCCACAGAGCUGGUGUUUGCUGUAAUAUAUACUGUACACUAUAUUUGGUUCCAAGGACCACUGGCACUUUGUAAAUUAAUUCCCUGGGAAACGCUGUUAGUUUGGAACCUGUCUUCAUUGGUAGUUUGUCUGCCAUCCAAACAGUAUAUGCUUCCCAGGAGAGCAGACAAAUGUCUUUGCUUUCUGUAUUUUAUAUGGACCUGCAGUUCACUCGAUCAUAGGAGCAGCGUAGUUCUCGGUAUUAAGUGCACUCGCCUUCUCAUACUGAUACCAAGCGGCUGUCCUGGCUCCUACAGUGCUGCAUGCUGCGAAUGUAGAUGGAAGGCAGCGUGUUCCCGUGGAGUGUCAUACGCAAUGCUGAAUUCCGAGGAGUCAAGCCCCUGCCUCAGGUGAGCUCUUGAGCAGCUCCCAGCCCCCCCAGCCUGGAGGGCCGAACGCCUUCUGUUCCCUGGCAAGACAACACGCUGAGACGCCGACAGCAAACAAGAAGAUGAGAGUGUGAGUUUCACCAAUUCCAGUGUCUGCCAAACUGUAGAGAAAGGACAACUGUAUUUAUUUUCUCAUGUUUUCAGUGGCAUAUUUUUAAGCUGGCUGUUUUAUUCUGAUUUUUAUCUGCAAACUCUUCUCCAGCUGUUAGAGGGGUCCUGCUUUUUCUGGUACAGUUUUGAUGUAGCAUAUUUUUACUCUGUUGAGCAGUUAUGAAUGUUUUACUGUAGAUAUUAGUAUUGCAAAGAAAAAGAUCCAUGUGGUAGUGUCCUGUUUUUUCUUCAUCCUUCUUUACGAAACCAGGCAUUUAAAGGCAGGUUGAGGAUGGGUUGUACUCAGCAGCAGCAGAGAACAGAGUGUAGCUCCUGCUGAGCAUCAGGAACCUCCCAAGCCAGUUUCUCUGGUGGGCUGCCAUGGGUGCAUGCCACACAUGGAACGGACUAUUACAAAGGACCUUUCCCAGCAGUACAGGCACUGGAGGCACAGGCUUCUGCCCCCCUCCUUGGUGUGGGGACUCAGUGAAGCCUCAGCAGGGGCAGCACUUGCCUCUGACAUUGAAGUACAGGUUGAUUAAAACUGAGCUAGUCUCUGGUGUUGCCCCCAUUCCUAAAACUCACUGUGAGUAUUGCAGAUGGCCUUGGCUUAAACCUAGGAAAGUGCUCAAAAGUUUUGAGAAAUGCCAGAAUUAAAAUUGCCUUUAAAGCUUAGGCUUCAGGUUUCUGCCUGGGUGUUAGGGAGCAGUCGCAUACUGGUGCUCGGCCACACGCUGAGGGCGUCCCGUUGGCACGGUGCACGGGGCGGCUGGUACUGUGAGCAGGGAGCUGGGACGACCCCUUGGUGUCCCUGUCCCAUCCGUUACAGCAAUGGGAGGUUGGGCACCAAGAGGAUCCGGGGGCUGCAGGAAGAGAAGCUUUUCUGGUGGUGUACACUGGAGUGGAGGUGUUUGCCUUGGGUUUUGAGACUUAGUGCUUCUGCAUGUAGAAGCAUUCAUCCAUAUAUGAUGAGGCCAUUGCAACUACAGCAGUAUGGCUGCUAUGAAAUGGUGGUGUGUUAAAACAAAACAAAAACCUAACCACAACAUAGUGGCUCUGUAAGAUAGUAUUUUUAUGUUAGCCUUUGUUCCCCAUUGGGAAAUUUUGUAGGAACACCUGGGGAAGUUGAGCAGAGUUUGUCAGCCACUCCAGACGGGAAGAGUGCCAGUGAAUAAGGCCUUUAGGAGGGGGUUGUUGUGAAACACCUUUAGUACAAGAGUCUGUAAGGGCAAAAAUGUUCCAUUAUUCUAGGCUGGUAAUGUGUAUGGCAGUAGGACAGACAGCCUUAAUUCUGGUAUUUCCCAGUUUUGAGCACAUUGUGUAUGAAAAGCAAAACUCUUUUAAUGUUGCUUUUUAUAUUUGAAUAGUUUGUAGAAUAUACUUGGAAUAUAUUAAAGUGGUUGGACUUUA